AUGCCAGGAAAAUUAUCAAAAGUAGCAAUCAUCGGUGCAAAUGGUAAAGUGGGUCGUUUAAUCAUUGAAAAACUUAAGGAGGAUCGUAAACAUUUCGACGUGCCAUUAGCGAUUGUUCGUAAUAAAGAACAAGUUGAUUAUUUUAAGAAUGAAGUAAAGAUCGAUGCAUCGCUAACUAGUAUUGAGCAUUCUAGUGCCAAAGAAUUGGCGAAUGCUUUGAAAGGCUGUGAUGCUGUUAUCUUUACUGCUGGUGCAGGUGGUACUAGUAUAGAAAGAAUCUUUACUGUGGAUUUGGAUGGUUGUGUCAAAACUGUAGAGGCUUGCGAAUCCGUAGGAAUCAAGAGAUUAAUUGUUGUUUCUGCAGUGAAAGCUGAACAUAGAGAUUUCUGGUGGAAUAUACAAGGUUUGAGAAAUUAUUACAUUGCUAAGAGAGCUGCUGAUCAUGAUGUUAGACAAUCGAAAUUAGACUAUACAAUUGUUCAGCCUGGUUGGUUAAAAUCAGGCGAACCAACAGGUAAACUUCAACCUCUGGAAAAAUUCGAGGAAAAAGCCGAAGGUAGCUAUGCCAUUGAAAGAGCUGACGUUGCCUCCUUUAUAAUUCAAGCUUUAUUACACCCUGAAAAGACUGCAAGAAAGACAAUUGAGUUAGCUAAUGGUAACCAACCAAUUGACGAAUUUAUUCAUGCACUUAAAUGA